GAUAAGAUGACCCCAAAUAAAAGAUUAAUCCAGUAAGUCUAUAAACUAUUGGGUAUCGGAGUGCAGUUUUUAGUAGGAGAGAAUCAUACUUAGUACCUGAUCACGUUUCAAAAUGCCACUGCACGGAAUCAAAGUUAUCGAACUAGCCGGACUUGCUCCAGUACCUUUCUGUGGUAUGAUACUAUCAAAUUUUGGGGCAUCAGUGGUCAGAGUAGACAGAGCUUCCAGUGAAGUGUCAGAUAUUGCUGUUGAUUUCUUGGGCAAUGGAAAACGUUCCAUAGGACUAAAUCUGAAGUCUAAAGAGGGUACUGAUAUACUGAAAAAGAUGUCACAACAAAGCGACGUUAUUCUUGAUCCAUUCCGACCAGGCAUUAUGGAAAAACUAGGACUGGGUCCAGACACUCUAACACUAAAAAACAAGAGACUUAUCUACGCAAGGCUAAGUGGGUUUGGACAGACUGGUCCAUAUGCUAAGAUGGCUGGACACGAUAUAAACUAUGUCGGUUUAUCAGGUCUGCUUUCUCUCUUUGGGAGACACCAUGAGAAACCAACUCCACCUGUAAAUCUUACUGCAGACUUUGGCGGUGGUGGCCUGACCUGUGCUUUUGGCAUAGUCCUGGCAUUGCUGGAACGAACACGGAGUAACGAGGGUCAAGUAAUUGAUGUUUCUAUGGUUGAGGGUUCAGCAUACUUGGGGAGCUGGUUAUACCGCUCGCAAGGGCUUGAUGGGCUAUGGGGACAACCCAGAGGAAAAAACUUGCUAGAUGGAGGGGCUCACUUUUAUGAUACAUACGAAACAAAGGAUGGACAAUUCAUGGCUGUCGGUGCCCUCGAGCCCCAAUUCUAUGCAGUUUUGUUAGAGAAACUUGGUCUUUCAGAAGAUGACCUGCCCCAGUUUGGAGACUUUGAGAAAAGUCGUUCACGGCUGGCACAGAUAUUCAAGGAAAAGACACAGAAGGAAUGGUGCACGGUAUUCGAAGGCACAGAUGCUUGUGUUACACCUGUGCUGUCACUAGAAUCUGCAACUCUUAAUCCACAAAAUGUGGCUAGAUGCAGUUUUCAGAAAUCUGAAUCAGGAGACAUUAUACCAAAUCCUGCGCCACGGCUGUCGCGGACCCCUGGCUGUGAUCGGACUGCCGAUAAGCCUAAUCCUGCUGCAGGUCAAAAUAGCAUUGAUAUUCUACUAGAAUAUGGAUUCACGACAGAUCAAAUACAGAAAUAUCUUCAACAGCGUGUUAUUUAUCAAAAAGAUGUAUCAACUAAACUGUAAAUGUAUUCGAUACAAUGUGCGCAAGCCAUGAACAAACCUAGCCAUUAUCCCUUUAUUCUAAGCAGAUCCA